CAGUACAGAAUGUGCUCUGCUCUGUCUACAUGUUACUGACUGCAAAGGUUAUUUGUACAACCGUAGGACUGGUGACUGUGAUCUUUCAGAUGUUUUUUCCGUGUCAUUAUCUGAAGCAGGGUUGUGGAUUCGACCACGUCCAUCGCAGGAUUACAUGGCUUGGUUUCCGAACGAUCAUUGUGUCUCGUCGCCGUGUGAAAAUGGCGGAACGUGCCAGCUUAGCUGUAACCACGGAGAUGGAUUCAUAUGCAAAUGCCGCGCUUUGUGGACAGGAAUACUUUGCGAAACUCGCAUUCCUUACGAAUAUUUCUAUGGUGUCGCAACUGUCGAUCUUGACGACAAACUAUCGGAGAUGGAGUGCCCAAUUGGUAUGACUUUAAUAACAUGCGAAUGUGACGUCAAGCAGUGUGACGGAGCGAGUUUCAUGAAUACGGG